AUGAUGUGCUUACCACAAUACUUGGCGGAUCUAACCAACUUAGUUUGGUACGUGUUCUGUGUUCGUGGUUACCGCUUACCGGAUGUUAGAUUGCGGGAGGCUCUAGACCAAGAUCAGCGCCCCCAUUCGUGUGAACUCUGCGACAGAUCGUUUGCUAAUAAAACCAAUUUGCGAAAGCAUGUCGACUCGGUUCAUUUUGCACUGCGCCCCUACGCAUGUGAUCAGUGUGGCAAAUCGUUUUCUCAGAAUUCCCAUUUGCGACUUCAUCUGAUGUCAGUUCAUUCGGAACCUCGACCCUUUCAGUGCGAACGCUGUGGUGCAUCGUUUAUUCGGAAGGACCGUUUGCAAACCCACAUCAUAUGUACUCAUACAGGACUGCGCCCAUACACAUGUGAACAGUGUGGUAAAUCGUUUCCUGAAAAACGCAAUAUUCAAGCGCAUAUCAGAUCUGUCCAUUCGAAUCUUCGUCCCUUUAAAUGCGAACACUGUGGUGCAUCGUUUCUUCUGAAUGGCGGCUUGCAAACGCACAUCAAAUUUAUUCACACGAUUGAGCGCCCCCAUACAUGUGAGCUCUGUGGCAAAUCAUUUGCUGAGAAGCGUGGCUUAUUAAAACAUGUCAAAUCUGUUCAUUUUGCACUGCGCCCCUAUACAUGCGAACAGUGUGGCAAAUCGUUUACUCAGAAGAUUCAUAUGCAAAUGCAUAUCAACUCUAUUCAUCUGAAACAUCGCCCCUUGAAAUGUGAACAGUGUACUGCAUCAUUUACUCGGAAUGACCGUUUGCAAAUGCAUAUCAAACGUACUCAUUCGGUUGCAGCUGAAAACCAUAGCACAAUUACACAAAGGUAG